ACAUUGCAUGCCUGUGCUUGCUCAUUCCACGGCAUCCAGGAAGCAAAGAGCAGGCAGUUCUGGCCAAGCAAGAGACCAAGCAGGAUUGCUGCAUGAAAUCUGACCUGCUAAGGGAAGAUACACCUAUGGCUGCUGAUGAAGGUUCCACAGAGAAACAGGCGGGAGAGACUCCUAUGGCUGCAGAUGGAGAAACAAAUGGGUCUUGUGAAAAGAGUGGUGAUACCAGCCAUCCAAAUGUACCCAAACAUACUCAGGAGAACACAAGAGCUAGUCCACAGGAAGGUACCAACAGAACAUCUCGGGUGGCAGAAAAUGGGGUUUCAGAAAGAGACACAGAAGUGGGGAAGCAAAACCAUGUCACAGCUGACGACUUCAUACAGACUUCUGUCAUUGGCAGCAAUGGAUAUUUCUUAAAUAAAGCAGCCCUGCAGGGGCAGCCUUUGAGGACUCCCAACACGCUAGCCUCCUCGCUUCCUGGUCAUGCCUCAAAAACUCUUCCUGGAGGAGCCAGUAAAUGCAGGACUCCAAGUACACUUCCUCAGAUACCAACCACAGCACCUACUGUGCCUGGGGAAGGGAGUGCAGACACAGAGGACAAAAAGCCUACAGCCUCGGGCACUGAUGUCAGGGUUCACAGGGCACGCAAGACCAUGCCGAAGUCCAUCCUGGGCCUGCAUGCAGCUAACAAAGACCACAGAGAAGUUCAAGACCAUAAGGAACCAAAAGAGGAUGUGAACAGAAACAUUUCUGAUUGUGGACGACAGCAGCUUUUACCAACCUUCCCAGCCCUCCACCAGUCACUACCUCAGAACCAAUGCUACAUGGCCACCACAAAGUCCCAGACAGCUUGCUUGCCUUUUGUUUUAGCAGCUGCAGUAUCUCGGAAGAAAAAACGAAGAAUGGGAACCUAUAGCUUAGUUCCCAAGAAAAAGACCAAAGUAUUAAAGCAGAGGACAGUGAUUGAGAUGUUUAAGAGCAUAACUCAUUCCACUGUGGGCACCAAGGGUGAGAAAGCCUUAGAUGACAAUGCCCUGCAUGUCAAUGGGGAGAGCUUGGAGAUAGACUCAGAAGAUGAAGACUCAGAUGACCUGGAGGAUGAUGAGGACCAUGGGGCUGAGCAGGCUGCUGCAUUUCCCACUGAGGACAGCAGGACUUCUAAAGAGAGCAUGUCUGAGACUGACCCUGCUCUGAAGAUGGAUGGAGAUUCAGAGGAGGAACAGGAGUCACUUGACACAGGGGAGGAUGAAGACUGUGGCGACGAGUCUGACCUGAGUUCUGAAUCCAGUAUCAAGAAGAAAUUUCUCAAGAGGAGAGGGAAGACUGACAGCCCCUGGAUCAAGCCUGCCCGGAAAAGGAGGCGGAGAAGUAGAAAGAAGGCAAGCAGCAUGCUUGGUUCCGAGGCUUGUAAGUCACCUCCAGGAAGCACAGAGCAGGCAGCUCUGGGAGACAGCGCUGGGUAUAUGGAAGUUUCUCUGGAUUCCCUGGAUCUUCGUGUCAGAGGAAUUCUGUCUUCCCAGACGGAAAAUGAAGGGCUGGCCAAUGGUCCGGAUGUGCUGGAGACGGAUGGCCUCCAGGAAGUGCCUCUCUGCAGCUGCCGAAUGGAAACCCCCAAGAGCCGCGAGAUCAGCACCCUGGCCAACAACCAGUGCAUGGCCACUGAGAGCGUGGAUCACGAAUUGGGCCGGUGUACAAACAGCGUGGUCAAGUAUGAGCUGAUGCGCCCAUCCAACAAAGCACCACUCUUGGUGCUGUGUGAAGACCAUCGGGGUCGUAUGGUGAAGCACCAAUGCUGUCCUGGCUGCGGCUACUUCUGCACUGCGGGUAACUUUAUGGAAUGUCAGCCUGAGAGCAGCAUCUCUCAUCGUUUCCAUAAGGACUGUGCCUCUCGAGUCAACAAUGCCAGCUACUGUCCUCAUUGUGGGGAAGAGACUUCCAAGGCCAAAGAGGUGACCAUAGCAAAAGCAGACACAACUUCCACAGUGACCCUGGCCCCUGGACAGGAGAAGAGUUUGGCUGCUGAGGGCAGGGCUGACACAACCACGGGCAGCAUUGCUGGAGCCCCAGAGGAUGAAAAAUCGCAGAGCACAGUCCCCCAGGCACCAGAGUGCUUCGAUCCUGCAGGGCCAGCUGGGUUCGUGAGGCCGACCUCUGGCCUUUCUCAGGGCCCAGGAAAGGAAACCUUGGAAAGUGCUCUAAUCGCCCUGGACUCUGAAAAACCCAAGAAACUUCGAUUCCACCCGAAGCAGCUGUACUUCUCGGCUAGGCAGGGUGAGCUGCAGAAGGUUCUUCUCAUGCUGGUUGAUGGAAUUGAUCCCAACUUCAAAAUGGAGCACCAGAGUAAGCGUUCCCCACUGCAUGCUGCUGCAGAAGCUGGCCACGUGGACAUCUGCCACAUGCUGGUUCAGGCGGGUGCCAAUAUUGACACUUGCUCAGAAGAUCAGCGGACCCCACUGAUGGAGGCUGCAGAAAACAAUCACUUGGAUGCAGUGAAGUACCUCAUCAAGGCCGGAGCACAGGUGGAUCCGAAGGACGCAGAGGGCUCCACAUGUUUGCACUUGGCUGCCAAGAAAGGCCAUUAUGAUGUGGUUCAGUAUCUGCUUUCAAAUGGACAGAUGGAUGUCAACUGCCAGGAUGAUGGUGGUUGGACACCUAUGAUCUGGGCCACUGAGUACAAGCACGUGGACCUGGUGAAGCUGCUGCUGUCUAAAGGUUCUGACAUCAAUAUCCGGGACAAUGAGGAGAACAUUUGUCUGCACUGGGCAGCAUUUUCAGGCUGUGUGGACAUAGCUGAAAUACUUCUGGCUGCUAAGUGUGACCUGCAUGCUGUGAAUAUCCAUGGAGACUCACCCCUGCACAUCGCAGCCAGGGAGAAUCGCUACGACUGUGUUGUCCUCUUUCUUUCUCGGGAUUCAGAUGUUACUCUAAAAAACAAGGAAGGAGAGACUCCCUUGCAGUGUGCAAGCCUCAAUUCCCAGGUGUGGAGUGCACUGCAGAUGAGCAAAGCACUUCGGGACUCAGCCCCUGACAAGCCUGUUGCUGUUGAGAAGACAGUGAGCAGGGACAUUGCUCGAGGGUAUGAGCGUAUUCCCAUUCCCUGUGUCAAUGCUGUGGAUAGUGAGUUGUGUCCCACCAACUAUAAGUACGUCUCCCAGAACUGCGUGACUUCCCCCAUGAACAUUGACAGGAACAUCACUCAUUUGCAGUACUGCGUAUGCGUAGAUGACUGCUCUUCCAGCACCUGCAUGUGUGGCCAACUCAGCAUGCGCUGCUGGUAUGAUAAGGAUGGCCGACUUCUGCCCGAGUUUAACAUGGCAGAACCACCCUUGAUCUUCGAGUGCAAUCAUGCCUGCUCAUGCUGGAGGAACUGCCGCAACCGUGUGGUGCAAAAUGGUCUCAGGGCAAGGCUGCAGCUUUAUCGGACACAGGACAUGGGCUGGGGUGUGCGCUCCCUCCAGGAUAUCCCACUGGGCACCUUUGUCUGCGAAUACGUAGGGGAGCUGAUUUCGGACUCUGAAGCUGAUGUUCGGGAAGAGGACUCUUACCUCUUUGAUCUUGAUAAUAAGGAUGGAGAGGUGUACUGCAUUGAUGCUCGGUUCUAUGGGAAUGUCAGCCGGUUCAUAAACCACCACUGCGAACCCAACCUUGUGCCUGUGCGCGUGUUCAUGUCACACCAGGACCUACGGUUUCCUAGGAUCGCCUUCUUCAGUACUCGCCUGAUCCAGGCUGGGGAGCAGCUGGGGUUCGACUACGGGGAACGCUUUUGGGACGUCAAGGGCAAGUUUUUCAGUUGCCGGUGUGGUUCUUCCAAGUGUCGGCACUCAAGCGCAGCCCUGGCUCAGCGGCAAGCCAGUGCAACUCAGGAAGCUCAGGAGAAUGGCCUUCCGGAUACCAGCUCUGCAGCUGCUGCUGACCCCCUAUGAAUUGCCAACUGGGGCCAGUGGGAUUCUCAGAAUCAGAUUCUGGUGACUGCAAUUUAGAGAGGAGGGAAUUCUGCACAUGAUGUCCAAGAGGAGCUGGAGAGGUGUGGACACCUCCCAAGAAUGUUCUGGGCCUGAGGCAGUCAUUUCCACUGGCCCAGUGUUCAAGCCAGAGCAUGUGUCUGGUCCUGCACCUCAGAGACCCGGGACUCCAUGUUGCAUAACUUGUGAGUUACUGGUGGUGGCUCUGUUGCUGUAGCGCUUCCCAUUUCUCCCUCUGGUCUCUGAGGCCCUUGCUUCACUGCCAGUUUUAUUUGUAUACUGUCUGGUCAGGUUCCUGUAAGGCACUCACCAAGGCCACCAUCACCUACAAGCUGCUCCGUUAGACCUGCUGCCCACAGCCUGUGUUUCUGGUACCAGCUCCCUGGAGGACACUAGCUCCCUGACAGCCUUGGAGAGUUUGGCUGACCCACCACUCAUUUUGAUGAAAUGUGGGUUUGCUUUUUAAAGAAAUCCUAUAUCUCGCCCUAUAUAUCAAGCCUCUCACUGGUGUUUCUUUGCUAGGAAGCAGGUUGGUGUGUGCAGGCAGACUCUGUACCAACCCCAGCCAGUUCCGUUGAUGCAGGCACCUUUUGUUGAUUUCUAAGCCACAUGCUAUGAUGAUGAAUAAACUCGUUUGUUUUCUACCAUUACUGAACAUUAGGAAAAACAAAGAAUAAAAACACAAAACACAGACAACGGUGCUGAAUCUGAUGUGGUUUCUACUCACCACAUGAAAAUAAACUAUCAACUGUAAAAAGAGAACAAAAUGAUUUUAGAAUAAAGUGCAGGAAAAACUUUUUUAAAAUGUUAGUCUUGUAGUUGAAUAAAUUUGCCAUCACCUUUUGUGUGAUGGCCUGGCAGGUCAUGUACUUUUUUUUGGCAUAUACCUUUCUAAAUACUGUAAUUAGUGCAACGACAGUGGGGGGGAGGGUGUUUUUUGUUUUUUUUGUUGUUGUUGUUGUUUUGUUUUGUUUUUGUUUUGUGUGUGUGUGUGUCUGUGUGACUCUUCUAAAACAUUCAUAAUGCAGUCAUGUUUAUUUUUUUCUGUUAAAAUGUUUUUGACAGUUUUAAGAGCAGUCUUUUGGCUCAGACCAUUUCUUGUUCUGUUUUCAACGAAAUCAAUAAAAAAAAAGUACUUUAAAUGGAGUUUUCAUUAUGACACAUUUCUUUCUCCUGGUUUCUGCAAACCCCUAGCCCACACUGUGGGGGCUAAUACUCAGGAGUUACAUGGGUAAAUGUAAAAUGGAAAUCUGCCAGGCCCAUUGCCAAACCCAAGGCUGGAGGGCUGCAUGUGUCCACAUUUGUCCAUGUGUUUUUGGCACCCAGUGUUGAAGUUUGAGAGCCAUUCUGAAGGAGCAGGUGAGUCCCCAUACCUGAAGAUCUCUUGGAUGGGAAGCCUCUACUAACCAUGCUACAGUUUAGAAUUUCUGCCUAGCUAGUGAGCUGCCACCACACACCCUUUGGUGUGUGUAUGUGGGGGGUUGUUUUUCUUCAUUAGGAUACAGUGAGGGGAAGGGAAAAGCUCUUUUCUCCCUGUAGACAAGCAAUGCCUGCAUUCUUCCAUAAAGACCCUAGACAAACCAACGCCUCUGUGCUCCAUGGAAGUCUGGCCUUGUCCUCUACAGGAGAGCUUGUAACCUCAAUGAAAAAAUUCAUCAAAGGCUUUAUCUUUGAUGCAUGGGGUUCGUUCAGUUAGGCCUUUCUUAGAAGGAAGAUAACCAUCUUACAUCAUAAUGAAGCAGGGUACUUGAAGCAUGCUGUCUAGUCUGUGGCCCUUGCAUCACUACUGGCAGCAGCUGCGGAGUGACUAUGGUAGACUAAAUGGGAUACUGGUAGACCAGAGGAAAGGCCAGCUUCACUUCUCCCAGAAGAGCUUCAGCCUCAGUCCUUAUUGCCCUGAGGAGAAGUUGUGUCUUGCAGAUAGAUACAAACUGAAGCCCAAAGCAGCUUUCCUCUUUAGUCUUCAUUGCCUGUCUCUAGAAAUACUCCUCCAUACUACAGCUCUCCUAGGGCAGAGGUGUCCAUGUUAAUAUAAUCAGUUUUUUUGUGGUGUUGGAUGUGUUGUGUGGUUCAUGCAGCAUCAAUACCUAAACUUUUGCUGAUGAACACAGGCCUAUUUCCAAAGUUCCUCUAAUAAAAACU